AACGUAUAGGCUCGACACUCUCCUGUCCAUGUUCCGUGACUUAACAAAUAGUACAGAAUUUUUUUCGUAUCCAUUUUUAACUGCUUCCUGCCUUUUUCUAUCUAACUUGAUAUUUAUUGGCAUAUAAAUUCAUAAUUUAUAAUUAAAACAGUUGAAAUACAUUGUAAACAAACAUGUUUGGUCCGGGUGCUGCGCCUUUGUUGGUUUUAAGCCAAAAUACAAAACGUGAUUCCGGUAAAAAAGUGCAAAAAGAAAAUAUUCAAGCUGCCAAGAACGUUGCAGAUGUCGUUAGAACUUGUCUUGGACCACUAGCAAUGUUGAAAAUGUUAAUGGAUCCAACUGGUGGAAUAGUGAUGACCAAUGAUGGAAAUGCUAUUUUACGUGAAAUUACUGUUCAACAUCCAGCUGGUAAAUCAAUGAUUGAAAUCGCUAGAACUCAAGAUGAAGAAGUCGGAGAUGGAACAACAUCAGUAAUUGUUCUUGCUGGAGAAAUUUUAGCGACAGCUGAACAAUUUUUAGAACAAGGAAUGCAUCCAACUGUUAUCAUAAGAGCUUACAGACAAGCUUUAGAAGAUAUGGUUGAAAUUUUACAAGAUCAAAUUAGCAUUGAACUUGACUGUAAUGAUCGCAAUAAAUUAGUCGAAGUUGUUAAAUCAUGCGUUGGUACUAAAUUUAUUGGACGCUGGUCUGAUUUGGCGUGUCAAAUUGCUUUAGAUGCUGUUCAUACAGUCUUACUUGAAGAAAAUGGACGCCGUGAAAUCGAUAUAAAACGUUAUGCUAAAGUGGAAAAAAUUCCUGGAGGUAGUAUUGAAGAAAGUCAUGUUCUUAAAGGUGUUAUGCUGAACAAAGACGUCACCCAUCCUAAAAUGAAGCGAUGCAUAAAAAAUCCACGGAUUAUUCUUCUUGAUUGUAAUUUGGAGUACAAAAAAGGUGAAUCGCAAACCAAUGUUGAGAUUAUGAAAGAUACUGAUUUUACCCGUGUUUUGGAGCUAGAGGAAGAGCAUAUUAAAAAAAUUUGCGAAGAUAUAAUUGCUGUUAAACCAGAUGUUGUAAUAACUGAAAAAGGUGUUGCUGAUCUUGCUUCACAUUUUCUGUUAAAAGCUGGAAUUUCAGCAGUUCGUCGUGUUCGUAAAUCAGAUAAUAAUAGGAUUGCACGAGCAUGUGGUGCGACAAUCGUUAAUCGUACUGAAGAACUUCGUGAAGAUGAUGUUGGUACUGGUGCUGGACUUUUUGAAAUUAAAAAAUACGGCGAUGAUUAUUUCUGUUUUAUUACUGAAUGUAUUAAUCCAAAAGCAUGUACAAUAGUAUUGCGUGGAGCAAGUAAAGAUGUUUUGAAUGAAACUGAACGAAAUUUACAAGACGCUCUUCACGUUGCUCGUAAUUUACUGAUGGAACCUAAAUUAGUACCAGGUGGUGGUGCUACUGAAAUGUCAGUUUCAAAACUUUUAAUGGAGAAAGCUGCUGGAAUAGCUGGUGUUGAACAAUGGCCUUACAAAGCAGUAUCACAAGCUUUAGAUAUUAUUCCGAAAACAUUAGCUCAGAACUGCGGUGCUAAUAUUAUUCGUACAUUAACUGCAUUACGUGCUAAACACGCAACUGAAGGUAAUACAUGGGGUAUUGACGGUGAAACCGGUGAAAUUGUUGACAUGAAAGUACGAGGUAUUUGGGAUCCAUUGAGUGUUAAAAUGCAAACUUAUAAAACAGCUAUUGAAACAGCUAUUCUGCUAUUGAGAAUAGAUGAUAUUGUUUCGGGCAGCAAAAAAAAGGGAAAUGAAUACAACCAAAACCAAAAUGCAGCUCCCACAGAAGAAUCAAUGAAAGAAUAACUAUAAUAAAAAAAACUAACAAGAACACACUUUUUUAAAAAAUAAUAAUGCUUAUAUAAAAUAAUAUAGUUAUGCUUGUUUCGUCAUUUCAUUGUCUUAUAUUUUUUUCGAUUCAUAUAAAAACUAAUAAUUUUUCACACUUUGUAUUUCACUAAGCUAAUAAAUUUUCAUGUAAUAAAAAAAAAACAUUCAAUUUUUAGGAUUAAAUUUUUAAACAAUAAA